UGCAGUUUCAUAGUCAUAUGACAGCCCACACUUCCUGUAGACGCUGUGCACAUAGCAGCUGGUGGAACAGCAACCGCACUCUGUUUAUUUCCGAUUGUUUGUCGAUAUCAAGAUGUUAGCGCUCAUAAACCGACUUUUGGACUGGUUUAGGUCCCUCUUUUGGAAGGAGGAGAUGGAACUGACUCUGGUGGGACUUCAGUAUUCUGGGAAGACCACCUUCGUCAACGUGAUAGCUUCAGGCCAGUUCAGCGAGGACAUGAUCCCCACGGUGGGCUUCAACAUGCGAAAGGUCACCAAGGGCAACGUAACCAUAAAGAUCUGGGACAUAGGGGGGCAGCCGCGCUUCCGGAGCAUGUGGGAGCGUUACUGCCGAGGAGUCAACGCCAUCGUGUACAUGGUGGACGCUGCAGACCGUGAAAAAAUCGAGGCCUCCAGAAAUGAACUGCACAACCUUUUAGACAAACCUCAGUUGCAAGGAAUCCCGGUGCUAGUGCUAGGGAACAAACGAGAUCUUCCCAGUGCUUUGGAUGAGAAGCAGCUUAUUGAAAAAAUGAACCUGGCAGCUAUUCAGGACAGAGAGAUCUGCUGCUACUCAAUUUCCUGUAAAGAGAAGGAUAACAUAGAUAUCACACUGCAGUGGCUUAUCCAGCACUCAAAGUCCCGGAGGAGCUGAGAGCAAAGCCCUGUCCUGUUCCCUUCUCCUGGCUCCUCCCCUACCACUCCCCCCCCCCCCCCCCCCCCCCCCCAAGUCCCACUGGCCAUACCAUUCCCGCCCUGUCUCCCAUUACUUACCCAGUGAUGAUGUCAUGCUCCCACCUGGCUGCGUGGUCGCUCUCUCGUUCUCCGGUUCUCAGUUCCUCUCACGCCUCCUCCCCCCCACAGCCCACACACACCCAGCUCACAGCAUGUCUCACGCCCUGCUAAAGAUACGGACAGCCAGAUGCUGCCUGCCCCCAACAGCUCUCCACAGUCCCAGAGUUGUCAUGGUACUGUCACCAGGGAAUCUGAGUGCCCUCUGCCUGUUGCAUGCUAAAUUGCCACUGCAGAAAAGACUACUCCGUAGGGGUUAUCGGUCCUGCACCCAGAUCCAUGAACAUCUCAUGCCACUUGGGCCUGGCGUGAGGUGGGGAUGGGCUUUGCCCUUUCUGGACCUGUUGCCUUGAAACAGGAAGCGUUUUAUGAAUUGUUCCCCUCGGCCAGUCCAAUUCAGACAUGUUGUAGGCGCGGUAAAGCUGUCCCCCAAACACUAACAAAAGCUCAGAAGAAGUAAAAUAAUUAGAAACAUUUAACAAAUACUGGUUUUUACCCAAGUGAGUAUGUGUAUUAUGAAUGUAGAAACUGUAAGCAUGAAUGUAGUAUAAUGGACAUGAGGCGAAACUGCAUAGGCUGAACCAGUUUGGGUUGCUGAGUUUAAAGUGCCUUCUGCAAAUGCUUUGUCCUGUGAAACCUGGUGUACCUAAGCCAUGUGUUCAUUGACAAAAGAACUCACGUUGAAAAAUAGGUAA